AUGUCCUGCAACACACAACAUUGGAUGGAAAAAGAAGCCAAAGCCAUUGCAGACAAUGUACUUAAAGAUAUUCUCCGUAAGAAGCAAGAUGCAAAGAAAUGUUUGGUGAAAUUUGAUGCUCUGAUAAAGCUGCGUAAAGCUAAGAUGAACACAAUGAAAGGGAGGGGAGAACUAGUAUCAGAACAUGAAGACAAAGCAUUUAGAGAUGAUAUAGAAAACCUUAAACUUCUCUGGAAGAAACAACUCAGUAUAUAUGAGAAGGAAGAGGAAGACCUUCAAGCCAAACUGGUGGAGGGUGUGGAGACAGUCAGUUCAGCAUCCCAAGCUACAGAAGACCAGGUGCGGAACAACUUGCAGGAGUGGCGGGUUGCAUUGUUUGGUGGUACACUUCCACAGAACAACUUUGUGGGUGAUAUGCAGAGAUUUGUCACAGUCAGGUCUGAAUGGGACCAGUAUGUGAGCAGUGAAGGGUCCCCCAUGCCCAUCGGAUGGGUGCCGCCACAACCAUGA